CAUCAAAUAUUGAAACUGACGUCUGAAUUAAAAAGUGUGCAAAAAAUUCUCUUCCCUCUUUAACUAUUGAAACAAACGAAAAUGGAAAUCUGACUAAAGGAGGCCUUUCCCUGAGAUCUGCCUGCUGCAUAGCCAUACAUAUUAGAUGACUUUGGGACUUGCAUUACGUCAGCGAUGAAGGGUUUAUCUAGCAGCCGUAGUCAUCAUCAUGGGGUUACCUGUGACCCUCCGUGUGACAGCCUGCCACAUCACUCGGACAGGAAGCCAUAUUUGUUAAACCCGGUGGACCCCCACCCUGCAGACCACCCCUACUACACUCAAAGGAACUCUUUUCAGGCAGAGUGCAUGGUGCCCUACAAUGAUCAGAUUGCCAGCAGCACGUUCCCUCGGAGACACUAUAACUCCCACCACGAACUCAAGGAUGAGUGUGCUCUGGUUCCCCAUGGAACUGCCAACAAGACUAACCGCAUUCCUGCUAACCUUUUGGACCAGUUUGAGCGGCAGCUGCCUCUGAAUCGGGAUGGCUACCAUACUCUGCAGUACAAGCGGACUGCCAUGGAGCACCGCAGUGACAGCCCAGGGAGGAUCCGGCACCUGGUUCAUUCUGUCCAAAAGCUCUUUACCAAGUCCCAUUCACUGGAAGGACCAUCCAAGGGAAGCGUCAAUGGGAGUAAAGCGAGUCCAGAGGAGUCACAAACGAUGAGGUAUGGGAAGCGCAGCAAGAGUAAAGAAAGGCGAUCAGAAGGUAAGCCCAGAUCCAAUGCGUCAGGAUGGUGGAGUUCAGAUGACAACUUGGACAAUGAUGUUUGCAUUUAUCAUGGUCCCAGUGGGGUAAUGACCAUGGGAAGAUGCCCUGAUCGUUCUUCUUCCCAAUACUUUAUGGAAGCCUAUAACACUAUUAGUGAACAUACUGUGAAGUCAUCCAGAAGCAAUAAUGAUGUCAAAUGCUCUACCUGUGCUAACCUGCCUGUGAAUUUGGACUCCCAGUUAAUGAAGAAAAGCUCUUGGUCCUCUACAUUAACCGUGAGCAGAGCCCGUGAAGUUUACCAGAAAGCAUCAGUUAACAUGGAUCAGACAGUGGUGAAGGCAGAGACGUGUCAACAGGAACGGUCGUGUCAGUACCUCCAGGUUCCUCAAGAUGAAUGGUCUGGAUACACUCCACGAGGCAAAGAUGAUGAGAUUCCCUGCCGGCGGAUGCGUAGUGGCAGUUACAUCAAAGCCAUGGGGGAUGAUGACAGUGGAGACUCAGACACAAGUCCGAAGCCAUCUCCAAAGAUUGCUGCACGGAGAGAGAGCUAUCUCAAGGCCACCCAGCCAUCCCUUACAGAGCUCACCACCCUCAAGAUAUCCAGUGAACACUCGCCAAAGCUUCAGAUCCGGAGCCACAGUUACCUGAGGGCAGUGAGCGAAGUCUCAAUCAACAGGAGCUUGGACAGCCUGGACCCUGCAGGGCUGCUGACAUCCCCCAAGUUCCGCUCACGCAAUGAGAGCUACAUGAGAGCCAUGAGUACCAUCAGUCAGGUGAGUGAGAUGGAGGUGAAUGGUCAGUUUGAGUCCGUCUGCGAAUCAGUGUUCAGUGAGCUUGAGUCUCAGGCAGUGGAGGCCCUGGACCUGCCAAUGCCGGGCUGCUUCCGUAUGAGGAGCCACAGCUAUGUGAGAGCCAUUGAGAAGGGCUGCUCCCAAGAUGAUGAGUGCAUAUCACUGCGGUCGUCUUCUCCCCCGCGAACAACCACUACAGUGAGGACCAUCCAGAGCAGUACUGUGUCAUCCUGCAUUACUACCUAUAAGAAGACACCGCCUCCAGUCCCACCAAGAACUACCACCAAACCAUUUAUCUCUAUCACAGCCCAGAGCAGCACAGAGUCUGCCCAAGAUGCGUAUAUGGAUGGGCAUGGACAGAGGGGAGAUAUCAUCAGUCAGUCUGGACUUAGCAACUCCACAGAGAGUUUGGACAGUAUGAAGGCACUAACAGCAGCUAUUGAAGCUGCUAAUGCACAGAUCCAUGGCCCAGCAAGUCAACAUGUAGGGAACAACACUGCCACUGUCACCACCACCACAACCAUUGCCACCGUUGCAGUAGAAGAUAGAAAGAAGGACCACUUCAAGAAAAACAGAUGCUUAUCUAUCGGAAUACAGGUUGAUGGUGCUGAAGAAACUGCCAAACUAGGUGAAAAUAAAGCAACCAGUAAGUUCCAGUCCAUAGGAGUGCAAGUUGAGGAGGAGAAGUGCUUUCGCAGGUUUACACGAUCUAAUAGUGUAACAACAGCUGUGCAAGCAGACCUGGAUUUCCAUGAGAACUUUGAAAUAAUCGACCCUCAAGAGGACAAUUUGUGUUCUGGACAAAUAUCAAGACAAUUUUCACGAGAUGCAAGCACCUCUACCGUUAGCAUACAAGGGUCAGGAAACCAUUACCAUGCGUGUGCCGUGGAUGAUGACUUUGAGACAGAUUUUGACCCGUCUAUUUUACCUCCUCCUGACCCCUGGAUUGACUCUAUCACUGAAGAUCCCCUGGAAGCUGUUCAAAGGUCAGUGUGCCCACGAGAUGGCCACUGGUUUCUGAAGCUACUGCAGGCAGAGAGAGACCGUAUGGAGGGCUGGUGCCAACAGAUGGAGAGAGAAGAACGGGAAAACAACUUACCUGAGGACAUUCUAGGGAAAAUCCGAACUGCAGUGGGCAGUGCCCAGCUCCUAAUGGCCCAGAAAUUUUACCAGUUCAGAGAACUUUGUGAAGAAAACCUGAAUCCUAAUGCACAUCCACGGCCAACCUCCCAGGAUUUAGCAGGGUUUUGGGAUAUGCUGCAGUUAUCCAUAGAAAAUAUUAGUAUGAAAUUUGAUGAACUUCAUCAGUUAAAGGCCAAUAAUUGGAAACAGAUGGAUCCUCAUGACAAGAAGGAGAGAAGGGUCCCUCCUCCAGUGCCAAAGAAGCCAUCGAAAGGUCAGGUGCCGCUCAUCCGGGAACGCUCUCUGGAGAGCUCGCAGCGUCAGGAGGCCCGCAAGCGGCUGAUGGCUGCCAAGCGCGCGGCGUCCGUCCGGCAGAACUCAGCCACCGAAAGCGCCGAGAGCAUUGAGAUAUACAUCCCCGAAGCCCAGACCAGGCUAUGAAGGGAUCCGACCAGGAGGACUCUCUCUGGCAAGACAAGUCUCCUGUACAAUCUGCCCCUCUAGGCUCCUGCUCCAGGUCACCGCCACCAAGUACUUGUACCUCCUCCUCCCUCUGCUCCCCCCCUCUCCCUGCUCUCUGUACGCAGUCCCGGUGACCCCGAUGAAUCCCACCACCGUGCCGUAGUUGUCGGUUCUCCGAGAGAUGUCCUCUAACCACCCUUGCUUCCUGAAGGUUUGCCCAUGUCACCAUGAUGCUUUGUCACAUGUACUGAUGCUGCCACCUCGCCUCAUGUAAACGAGUACGAUCCUUUUUCUGUUUGAAGUGAAUAAAUGCGGCGCUCGGAUCCCCAUGCACAUGCGCACCUGUACAGUAGGCUCCAUUUAACCCACCCAUGACCUUUAGUCGAUCUAAAGCUAGCCUGUUACCUAGUGUACAGCAAUAUCCAACCGCAGGGGAUUUUGGAAAUUUCAGUCACGCAGGGUGAUCCUUUUGGACUCUGCCGUCUUCCUCUAAAAGAUGAAAGGAGCUAUGACUCGGAUUCCCCUUUUUUUUAUUGCUUUUUUUUUUAAAAAAAAAAAAAAAAUGCAGAUGGCGCACUUUAUUCUAAACCUCCAAAUCACACCUUCU